UACAUAUACUUUGUCGUCAAUAUUUUCCUUCCUUUCGGAGAAUUAUUUAUUUUUUUCAAUACAUUGCUUAAUUUAGUCCCUUACGAAUCCGGAAGUUAAACUUUUUUAAAAUUUCAACUGCAAUCGACUUGAGAACUCCAUCAAUCCAUUUAAAUAAAGAUAUCGCCGACCCAAUUCAACCAGAGUAGAAACGAAUAGAAGCAACAAAACCAAAGUGAAAAUAAAACAUUCUAACGAGUUUACAAAAAAAAAUCGAAAGAUCAUUUAAAAGUCAUUGCGAAUAUUUUCAAAAUUUCAAAAUCGUAAAUCCUUGCGCCAUACUACAUCGUAUGCACCGCAAAACCCUGACGUAUCGCGGCUACCGCGCAAUUUGACUUCCAAAGCCACCACCCGACGCAGGCGUCUAGGCAAACAAAAGCUGCAAACUCUACACCAUUGCAGCGCUUUCAACUCCAAUUCCAAUACGAAGCAAAUACAAAUGAGAAACAGCUAAUUCACUAAUAGAGAUUGCUGCCGUUUGAACGUAAAGCAGAUAAUAAAGUCCAAUUUUAUUGAAGUUCCUCUCAGAUAACUUGUGGCGGUACAAACUGGUAAAAACUCUCAGUUGAAACAUAGUCCGUUGAAUUCAUCAAAUAAAUAUGGCAAAUCUGUCGAUUCGCGCACGUGACAAUUUUCUGGUCAAUAACAACAAUCAGCACAUGCACGACGAGGGUGUUGUGAUGCCCGAGAUCGAUAAUGAUGUAGGCGAUGAGGAUAUGGACGAUCCGUUGACGCUGAGCAGCCCUAAACGUUCGCUCAAUCCCACCAUGAGUGAUAAUGCGCUCAACACACUGAACGAGCUGCGGCGCAACAAAUUACUCUGUGAUGCAGUGAUUUCGGUGUCGGAUGACUCCUUCAAUGUACAUCGUGCCAUUAUGAGCGCCUCCAGUUCGUAUUUUAGGGCCCAGUUUACUGGCUUUAAUUCAAACAUGUCACCGUCGAAAAGUGAUGAAAAUCGGACAGUGCAUAUACCGGGUAUGAGUGGAGCUAUUAUGGAGGAGUUGAUUCAAUAUGCCUACCUGCGCAAGUGCACCAUCAAUGCGGACAAUGUGCAUGAGCUGCUCAUAUCGGCCGAUUAUGUGGGUAUGAUUGGGCUGGUGACGCUGUGCAAGCAAUAUCUCGCAUCGAUGCUAACCCCACAAAACUGUGUCAGCAUAAUGGGAUUCGCCAGAUUUCGUUUUCUCGAUGAUUUGUAUGUCAAAGCGCGAAACUAUCUGCUGCGCUAUUUCACUGAGGUUGCCGCUAAAAAUAAAGACAUACUCGAAAUCGGUUUAAAGGAUUUCUAUGACAUCAUUAGCGACGAUGAACUGAAUACACGGGAGGAGGACCAUGUGUGGAAGUUGUGUAUCAAGUGGAUCGAUCACGACCCAGAGAAUCGAAAGCAAUAUGUGGCGCAGCUGAUGCAGGGCGUACGCUUGGGAUUAAUGACACCGAAGUGCUUCAUGGAGGAGGUGAAAGAGCAUCCGUAUGUGCUGCAGUGCGAGGACGCUAAGCCAUUGAUUGUGGAGACAUUUAAGUUUAUUUCAAAUUUAUAUGUGCCAUUUCGUAUGCCAUUUUCGAAAAAGCUCAUCACACCACCUCUAGCCAUGCCAAGGCUGCCGCAUGAAGUCAUCUUUGCCAUAGGUGGUUGGAGCGGCGGUACUUCGAAGGGCUGCAUCGAAACUUAUGACACGCGUGCUGACCGUUGGGUGAAUAUACCAGCCGAAGAUCCAGCUGGGCCGCGUGCCUAUCACGGCACUGCUGUUAUCGGUUUCAAAAUAUAUUCGAUUGGUGGCUAUGACGGUGUCGAAUAUUUUAACACUUGUCGUGUCUUUGAUGCGGUACGAAAGAACUGGAAAGAGAUUGCACCAAUGCACUGCCGCCGUUGCUAUGUCAGCGUCGCUGAGCUUAACGGUCUUAUCUACGCAAUUGGCGGUUACGAUGGCCAUAAUCGCUUAAACACGGUCGAGCGUUAUAAUCCGAAGGCGAAUCAGUGGACCGUUAUAACGCCGAUGAAUAUGCAAAGAUCUGACGCAAGCGCAUGCACGUUGAAGGGGAAAAUUUAUGCAACUGGUGGCUUUAACGGGCAAGAGUGUUUGGAUAGCGCUGAAUACUACGAUCCGGUCAGCAACAACUGGACGCGUAUACCCAAUAUGAAUCAUCGUCGUUCAGGCGUAUCCUGUGUGGCUUUUCGUGGUCAACUAUAUGUGAUUGGCGGUUUCAAUGGCACUGCUCGGCUGUCCACCGGCGAACGCUACGAUCCUGAUACGCAGUCUUGGUCAUUUAUACAUGAAAUGAAUCAUUCUCGCAGCAAUUUCGGACUUGAAAUAAUAGACGAUAUGAUUUUUGCCAUUGGUGGUUUCAAUGGCGUAUCCACAAUAUCACAUACUGAAUGCUAUGUUGCUGAAACCGAUGAGUGGAUGGAGGCCACUGACAUGAAUGUAGUACGAUCGGCUCUCACAGCAAACAAUGUCGCCGGUCUUCCAAAUAAACGUGACUAUAUACAUAAAGAUCGCGAUCGUUUGAUGGAGGAGCGUCGUCAGCGUCUGUUAGCAAGCACCAUGGCACGCGAUGCGGAAACCAUCUCCGUGUCGAAUGCCUCAGUUGAGGUGCAAGACGCCACUAUGGACGACUACGACAGCCCAAACGAGGAUGAUGAUACCGACGAUGAGGAAGAUGCAGCUACAAUGGAUGCUGUAGCAGCCGCAGCACUAAGACCUGCAAUUGAGGAUCAGCAAGAAGAUAUGCGGCCCGAUCCAAAUCAUCGAUUUCGCAUGCAGUUGAGCUCGCAACGUUUCGGUUCGCAUCAUGAAAUACGACGACGAUCCUAAGACAAUGCAUGCAAAAGAAAACAGAAAAAAAUAUCUAUGACUGAAAGCAAUGACAAAGCUUUAAUUCAAAUGUGACAAAAAAAAAAAAUUAAACAUAAUUGAGAAAUUCGUUGUAAUGAGUGAGUGAGUGCAAAGCUUAAGUGGUCAAUUUGAAAAUGAAUAUACCGGAAGGGGAAGAGUGAAAUGAAAGAGAAAUUCAUUGACGAACCAUGACUACCGUGAAUCUAAUGGAAAUGGAUAUGUCAUAUUAAACUAAUGAGGAAAGGAACUUAUUUAUAACAAAAUUUUUGGGCUUAACAGUAGUAACAGAUGGAUUGCUUCCGUAGCGGAGCGUUCAGUGGGUGAAUAAUCAAGUGAAAUGAUGAACGAUUGAAUUCGUGUGACUAAACUGAGUAAAGGAAUUACCGAUGAGCAAAAAAUAUGAAUUUUAUUACCGUUUUUUUUUAAUUACACAAUUUUGGCAUUUGAAUGUAAUUUUUACAAAAUUUUUUCGCAAUUGUACUAAAUUUUAUUUAGUGAUAUUUAAAACAUCAAAAUUAAUAAAUGUUUGGUAGCUUAAAAAACUA